UUAUACAUUUUUCAUACAAAAUAAAAUAUUUAACAAUCAACCCCAAUCGUUUGUCUUCCAUUUUCGUGUUGUUCGCAGUAGAACGAAAAAAUUUUUCAAUUUGCGUGAAAAUGUCGAGUUUUUUCUCAAUAAAAUUGUGAAAAUUUUGUGAAAAUAUAUUAAAAUUCGCAACAGUACAAUGUAAAAUAGUGCAAGAACGUGAAAAUUGUAAAGUUUUUUGUGGAAAAUCUGAAAAGAAAAAUUUGUCAACAAAAUUUACACGCAGGUGCGUAGCGUACGCAGACGUGACAGACGGUAGCCCAACUGGGCCUGCCUGCUCCAUGAAAGAAUUUCAUAGAAAUUGUGUGGGCAGACAUGCCAAUCAGCCUAGAAGAAUUUAUUCAACACAAGACGACAAACAUUUCUUAAACUUUUCUUCACACACUCUCUAUCUAAAGUUCUUCUAUAAAAAAAUUUCAUCUUUAACUUUUUAAAAUCGAAAAAAGAGAAAAAAUAAUAAAAUUUAAAGUGGAGAAGUGCAAUAUUUAUUAAUAUUUCUAUAUAUUAAGUAACGAAACCAAAGAUUUUGGGUGCUUCCCCAAAAACAAAAUCCCGGGAGCAUAAACCCAAUUCCAAACGGAAAAACCCUUAAACCAAAAGCUAAAACCAAAUAUAACAUAAACACACAGUCACAUAAUGAAUGUGACUACUAUAUCGACGGGUACGCAUGCUACCCAGGCGGCAGUCGAGAGUAUAACCAAUGUCAAACACCAACAACAGACCUAUAAAAUAGAAAUGCUCGAGGACAGUUUGGCAUCCGAUGAUGAUGACGAUGAUUUGAUUAGCAGCGAUGGCAGCAUGUUUGAUGAAACUGAACUAACACAUAUUGCAGUGCAAGAUGAUUUAGCCAAUCAAUUGGCAGCUGCCGGACCAGUGGGUGUAGCUGCUGCAGCGGCUAUAGCCUCGUCUAAGAAACGUAAAAGACAACAUUCGUUUGAAACGAAUCCUUCGGUACGUAAAAGGCAACAGAAUAGAUUACUGCGCAAAUUGCGUGGCAUAAUCUAUGAGUUUACUGGUCGCGUGGGCAAACAGGCUGUGGUGUUGGUAGCUACACCGGGUAAACCCAAUACCAGCUAUAAAGUUUUUGGUGCCAAACCACUAGAGGAUGUAGUGCGUAAUCUUAAAAAUAUUGUUAUGGAUGAGCUGGAAAAUGCUUUAGCCCAACAAGCACCACCCCCACCACAAGAGGAUCCCUCAUUAUUUGAACUGCCACCUCUAAUCAUCGAUGGUAUACCAACACCUGUGGAAAAAAUGACACAGGCUCAGCUAAGAGCUUUCAUACCAUUGAUGUUAAAGUACUCCACUGGUAGAGGUAAACCAGGUUGGGGACGUGAAGCCACCAGACCACCAUGGUGGCCUAAAGAAUUGCCCUGGGCUAAUGUACGCAUGGAUGCCAGAUCUGAAGAUGAUAAACAAAAGAUUUCCUGGACUCAUGCUUUGCGAAAAAUUGUCAUCAAUUGUUAUAAAUAUCACGGCCGCGAAGAUCUCUUGCCCACAUUUGCCGAUGAAGAGGAAAAAGUCAGCCAAAUGAUCUCACACGAAGAGGAAGAGGAGGAAGAAGAGGUGAUUGUACAGCCUGUUAGUAAUCAAGCCACUACUAUACAAACUAUACACACAACCAAUGCGCCCACAAAUACUACAACUAAUGUAAGGCAACAAGUAAAUGUGGUUAAAAUAAAUAGUUCAGGAACUGUAAUAACCACAACAAAUCCACAUAAUCCAAAUAAUCCUGGACCCACCAUUAUACAAAGUACGAAUGAUCAACAUAUAACAACAACGGCACGUUUGCCAGCAUCGACAAAGAUUGAAUUGUGUCCUGCGCCAAUGGCACAGAUAACACAACAACAGCAUCAUCAACAGCAACAGCAGCAGCAACAACAUCAGCAGCAACAACAACAGCAGCAGCAACAACAACAGCAGCAACAACAACAGCAGCAGCAACUGCAACAACAGCAUCAACAACAGCAACAACAACAGCAGCAACAACAGCAGCAGCAACAACAGCAGCAGCAACAACAACAGCAUCAUCAACAACAACAUCAGCAGCAGCAACAUCAUCAAAUACAAACCACAAAUGUGACUUCUCAACAGUUGGCCAAUGCCCAAGUUUGCAUAGAACCCAUGACCUUGGGAGAUGUUGAUUAUACCACCCAAACGGUGUUAUCCACCAUACAAAAUGCUGACGGCACUGUUUCGCUUAUACAAGUUGAUCCUAAUAAUCCUAUUAUUACAUUACCGGAUGGUACCACAGCCCAAGUCCAGGGUGUUGCAACGCUGCAUCAGGGCGAAGGUGGUGCCACUAUUCAAACUGUUCAAAGUCUGGGUGAUGUUAAUGGUCAUGAAAAUAUGACUGUUGAUUUGACCGAAGCUACAGUGGCUCAAGAUGGUCAGAUUUAUAUAACGGCCGAGGAUGGUCAAGGUUAUCCAGUGUCCGUUAGUAAUAUGAUUACAUUACCGGUAUCAGCAUCCAUGUAUCAAUCAAUGAUGGCCAAUAUCCAACAAAUACAUACAAAUAGCGAUGGCACAGUGUGUAUAACACCAAUGCAGGUAGAUGCUCAAAACAAUAAUAAUAAUAAUUCUAAUGCAAAUACAAAUACAAAUAAUAAUAACAAUAGUAGCAGCAGUAAUAGUUGUGGUAAUAGUAAUAAUAGUAGUAGUAAUAAUAAUAACAAUGAUACUGAGGGUAAUAGUAACGGAAAUCCGAAUACAGCAGCAAAUGCAACAACACCAACAGCACCACAGUAUCAAUGUUAUUCAAUAAUGGCAGCAACACCGCUUGCUACCGCAACAGCUCAUCGGCUGUUGACAAAUACAGCUUUAAAUCAAACACAGAAUUUAGUUAAUAAUUUAAGUAGCAAUAUGAAUAGUAACAAUAAUAGUAAUAUUAGUCCUAGUAAUAUACGUUGCCAAAUAAUAAACGCCUCUAGUUUACAACAAAAUUCUAGUCAAAUGAAUUGCCAACAACAGCAGCAACAACAACAACAACAAAAUUAUUUAGCAAAUGUUUUACAAAAUGCAACAGCUAAAGUUUUUAUAGCAAAUCCAACACAUUUAAAUUUAACAGCAGCCACUAAUAUUUUAAACAGCAACAACAACAACAAUAACGAUACAACAACUAACAAUAACAAUAAUAGUAAUCAUAAUAACAACAAUAAUAAUGGUCAUAUAAAAAUUGCCACGGCUAUGCCUUUGCCAAUAGUUGUAGCUGCCACCACAGCUCAGCAUACUCAAUCAGCCACUGAGAGAAAUUGUAGCGCUGUUGGUAGAGCUGGUGGUGGCGUUAAUAAUAGAAAAACUGGACAUAAACGUCGUAAGCAAACCUUUGCCAAAGUUAUACCCAUUAAAAUAGAGGAAAAUCUUGCCACAGAUGCUGUUAACAAUACUACCAAUACUAUCAAUCAUAAUAACAACAACAACUCGGGCGAAAGCCUUUUAAAUAUACAAAUUGUCAAUACUACAGAUAAUAGUGUUGUUGUGGCGGGAACUGGUAAUGGUGGUGCUGUUGUCGGCAGUUUAGGUAAUUUAAGAGUUGGCAAUCGUCUUGUUAGUGUCGAUGUUUCAUCUUCGUCCAAUACCACUGGGUCACAGUUACCCGCCAAAACCAUUAAACUAGAAACACUAGACAAUUAAUUACAAUUAACAAUGACAGCAGCAAUAUCAACAUUAACGAAGGAAAAUUUAAUGAAAUCAGAUCAGUUAUAGAAUGGAAUGUAUACUAAUGGAGUUUUAGGUUUAGUUAAUGUUAUAAUGGAAUUCAAAACAUUGAAAACUUUGCGCUGGCGCAGAAAGUUUUUAUAUAGUGUUAAUCACUAUUGAUAUAUACAUUCUUCCAAUUAUAUUUCACAUGAAUUUCAUUAAGAUUUCAAAAUUUUCUAUGUAAUUUAAGAAAUUUGUUAUUGUAUUUCAGAAAUUUAAAAUUUUAAAUUAGCUGGAUUUAGAACUUUUCUAUUUGUAUUUCAGAAGUUUGUAAUUAAAAUUUAGAAAAUAUUACUUAAAUAAUACUUCUAUUUCCAAAUUGUAUUUCAGAAUAGGUAGAGUAGAUCCCUUUUGACAAUAAUUCCCUCUUUUAUUUUCUAAAUUUCUAUAAAGUUUUCUAUUGCUAACGAAAAGUAUACAUUCUUGUAAAUAUCUGUGUUAUGAGGAAGGACUAUAUAGCAAAACUGACUUUGAAAACAAUAGAUUUUGUUCUUUUUAAUUUAUUUAUCAUUUCAUUCUCUUGUUUUUUCGUUAUUGCUGUUUUUCAUCGUAAAAUAUAAACGUUCGUCUGUCUUGUUCCGGUAGUUUUUUUCUAACAGUCCUGGGUAGAGAUCUAGCAUUGAAAUCUAUUUUCUUAAAACCAUCUUAGGUGGUCUAAAGCUGAACUACUGGUACAUUAUUGUUUCAUUUUGAAAGUUUAAAUAUCUUGAAAGUCUUGUUAACUAUUUAUAUUUCCUUAUUGGGUUUGGAUCAGAUAUUCACUAUCAGACGAUCUUAUCAAGAACACAAAAAGAUGCCAAAUCUCUGUUCCAUAUUUUAAAACCAAUUACAGACUAAAUGUUCUGUGUUAUUUCAUAUUUUAUUUUCGUACUUUUUGCACUUUUUAUAAACAAAAUUUUAAACUCUAUGUGUGCUAAGUUUUUGAACAUGACUGUACUAAUACCAAACAAACGUUAUUCUCAUUAUGUUUUCAUUACUUAUAAAGUGCAAUAUACAUAAAUGAA